AUGCUCCGCGUCAUAAUCUCGGGGACGAUCGCCUCAGUAUUCAUGGGCAUGACCGGGGCUACGAUCGGAGCUUUAAUGUUCGACACUGCAACAGUCCCUUUUGUUGCCUCCGCGUGUACAGGGUUCGUCCUCGGGACUUUUGGAUUCUAUCGUGAUGCUGUUCGCAAAUCCCUCCGCAGCCUCGACCGGUAUCCUCGCCUGUUGCAAUUGCAUCUGGACGCAAACUUCCCACAUCGUGGCUUUGAAACUUGGCCCGUCGAUCGCUUCAGAAGUGCCGUGUUUGGAGAAAGCUGGGUAUUGCGAAGUAUGCUGGUCGCUAGUUGGUUGACGGCAACGAAUGCAAUUGAUCGAAUCCUGGAAGCGGAAGAGGAAGCCAUCCUUGCGCCUCUCACAAGAUCAGCAGAUGAGCCAGAGAUGGAGGUUUCGAAUGGUAACGCCAAACACAUAUGA